CAUAGACGUUACACCAACAUAAACAUAAACAACAACAAAAGUGAUAGUAUUGGACAUGAGACUAUUGGACAGCCUACACACUUUACGCAUCCACAUCUGCUGAACAAGGGAGAGCUGAUAAAGGGCAUCACGCUGGAGGAGUUCAAACUUAGACGCUUCAAGUUGUCUCAACUGUUGCCAGAGGGCACUUGUUGUGUGAUAAUGACACCGCCCGAACCAAUGAUGUCGUACGAUAUCCCCUAUCACUUUAGACAGCAGUCCAACUUCUAUUACUUCACCGGUCUGAAUGAGCCCGAAGCCAUCCUGGUCGUCGAGCGACUCAAAGGCAACGACUACAGAACGACGAUGUUCCUUCGCGAGAAGGAUGCGGCCAGAGAGAUAUGGGACGGCCCUCGCUGUGGCACCAAGCUGGCAACUUCGAUCUUUGGCGUCGACCAAGCCUACGACGUCAAGAACACCAACAAGUUGAUCGAGGUCAUCAAGGAUUCGAGCGACAUCUUUGUCAACAUUAAUGGUGGUGAGUGGCCAGCGAUCGUGACAGCACUAUCCAAGCAGAAGAUCAGCAACUUUAACAUCGAGAAGCUGCUUCAGUACGUGCGAUUGAUCAAGUCUGAUGCCGAGAUUGCCAUGAUGGAGCAGUCGGGUGGCAUUGCAGGUGACUCAUUCGCCGAACUAAUGCGUUACAUUCAGCCUGGCAUGAAUGAGCACGAGGUCAGCGCAUACUUUGAGUACGCAAUCAAACGUCGAGGUGCCCAGCGCAUGUCCUAUCCACCCGUGGUCGCAGGUGGCAACCGCGCCAACAUCAUACACUACGUUGCCAACAACAUGAUAUUGAAAAAUGGAGACCUUUGUCUAAUGGAUGCUGGUGCCGAGUAUUGGGGAUUCACAAGUGAUAUCACAAGGACAUUCCCUGUCAAUGGACGAUUCACUCAGGCUCAACGCGAGGUGUAUGAAGCUGUACUCGAUGUGAACAAGCGAUGCAUCCCACUCUGUGUUGCAGGAUCGUCAAUCAACAAGAUACACUUACAAUCCGUUCGAUUCAUUGUGGAGUCUUUGCAGCGACUGGGCAUUCUAUCGAGCGAGAAGAGCGUCGAUGAGCUGAUCAAGGACGGCAGCUAUCACAAGUACUACCCUCACAACAUUGGACACUUCCUCGGCAUGGACACGCAUGACUGUCCCGACGUAUCAUACGGCGAGACACUGGCCAAUGGCAUGAUCAUCACCAUUGAGCCAGGCAUCUACAUCUCCGACACGGACAUGGACGUCGAUCCAAAGUAUCGCGGCAUAGCCAUUCGUGUUGAAGACGAUGUCGCACUCACUGACAAUGGACCACUAGUUCUCACCAAGAAUGCUCCCAAAGAAGUCAAAGACAUUGAGAGUCUAAUGGAGUGUUGCGUGGAGUUGGUAUUCGAGGAUGAAAACAGCAGCACGUCC